AAACCAUCUGUGUUGGACAUCAGGAUGCGCUUGUAUCCGGCGGUGACAGGUGAAUCUUCGGCCGUUCGUGCCACGCAUGCACCGCUGGAGCGCACCGCCCUCCUGCCGCCGGGAGGAGCAGAGCAGAGGAGGAGAGGAGCGGACCGGACCGGGAGCGCAGCGGCAGGAGUCUCAACACAUAACGGGAUGCGGUUCGCGAUUUCUGCUGCAUGAAUUCUAAUUUCGUGUAACCUAAAUCCGCGAAGUUUCCCUUCCGCGAGAGAGCGAGAAAACCCCGGCAGAGGMAAAGCGACCGCUCCAGAAAUCUCGUGGCGGCGUCCCUCGUUUCAUUCCUCCCGACUGAACCGAACGCUGCGCAGCCGAGGCUGAUGACAGUCUAACCGGGAGAGGAGCAGAGAGACAGGAGGACGGGAAGACAAACAGGACAUCUGCAGAUGUGCGUGUGCAGCCGAUGCGCAGCGCAGAUGGUGAAGUUGUUUUCCUGGAAAGGUACUUGUGCCCUUGCUGUUGCUUAGCAACAAAGGGAGUCCAUGAAAGUUGACGUCUUGGAAGAUUCUCACCGCCUACCCAGAAACGGCGCUCUUCGGAUGUUCGGGGGAAGUUUGAGCGUACGGCGCCGUUCGUGAGAACCUGGAAGACCCCUGCCAAUUUGAUGUGUGAACGCACCCAGCGAUAAUGGCCCAGAGGACACACAGUGGACAUAAGUGUACAGCAGAAGCAGACGUGUUCCUGUGUCCCGUCCAUGCCACCCGACGCAGUCUCUUGUACAAACACAUCUGAACUUCUCAAGAUCCCAUCGGCAGUGUGAGAAUGAGGCUGGUGUGGAAAUCCCUGGACAAGAUGAGGUGUCUGAGGAAACGCUCCACCAUCCCCUUCCUCGGCUUCCUCAUCACCUUCCUCCUCUUCUUGAACCUCUACAUCGAGGACGGCUACGUGCUGGAAGGAGAUAAAAGGCAGCUCAGGGAAGCGUCGGUCCAUCCUCCCAGCUCGGAGCGAUACGCUCACACCUUCAGAGACCUCAGCAACUUCUCUGGAACCAUUAACGUCACAUACCGCUAUCUCGCCGGCACGCCUCUGAACCGCAAGAAGUUCCUGACCAUUGGAUUGUCAUCGGUCAAGAGGAAAAGGGGAAACUACCUCCUGGAGACGAUCAAAUCCAUCUUUGACCAGUCCAGUUACGAGGAGCUGAAAGAGAUUGUGGUUGUGGUCCAUCUGGCGGACUUUGACUUAAUCUGGUGUGAGAAUGUGGUGCAGGAGAUCACCAGGAAGUUCGCUCACCACAUCAUAGCCGGCCGCCUCCUGGUCAUCCAGGCCCCAGAGGAGUUCUACCCUUCUCUGGACGGCUUGAAGAGGAACUACAACGACCCAGAGGACAGAGUCCGUUUCCGCUCCAAGCAGAACGUCGACUAUGCUUUCCUCCUGAACUUCUGCACGAACCUGUCGCACUUCUACAUGAUGCUGGAGGAUGACGUGCGCUGCUCCCGGAACUUCCUGACGGCGCUGAARAAGGUGAUAACCUCCAGAGAAGGCUCCUACUGGGUGAUGAUGGAGUUCUCCAAGCUGGGCUACAUCGGGAAGCUGUACCACUCCAGAGACCUACCCCGACUGGCUCACUUCCUUCUCAUGUUCUACCAGGAAAUGCCUUGUGAUUGGCUCCUCAUCCACUUCCGGGGCCUACUGGCUCAAAAGGACGUGAUCCGCUUCAAGCCCUCGCUGUUCCAACACAUGGGCUACUACUCGUCCUACAAAGGCGUGGAGAACAAACUGAAGGACGACGACUUCGAGGAAGACUCCAUAGACAUCCCGGACAACCCCCCGGCCGGCAUUUACACCAACAUAAACGUCUUUGAGAACUACGACGCCACCAAGGCGUACAGCACGGUAGACGAGUACUUUUGGGGGAAACCUCCCUCCACCGGAGAUUUCUUCGUCAUAGUCUUUAACAAAUCAACCAAAAUUAGCAAAAUUAGGAUUGCUACCGGGUCUGACGACCGACAAAGCGACUUCCUUCACCACGGAGCCUUGGAAGUAGGAGAGAAGUUGGUCGGGACUAAAAAAGGAAAGCAGUGCUCCUCUUUCAUCACGUUAGGAGAGUUUAAAAACGGAAACAUCGAGGUUCAAGACGUGGACCACAAGAUUGGCUUUGACAUUGAGUGCGUUCGCAUUGUGGUGACAGCCAGCCAAAAAGAAUGGCUCAUUAUCAGAAGCAUCAGUUUAUGGACUACACAACCGCCCAGCCAAUGAGAACUACACACAACCUCUCUUAGUAACCCAUACAGGCGGUUUUUAUUAUUAUGUGUUUUCUAGGUUUAAUUUAUUCAUUUUGUAUGUAUUUAUUUAUUCUUCUUGCCAAAUCAGUCUGUUUUUAUACUUAAACGUUGUAACCUUAGUGGACCAUCUUCAGUCAUCCUCAAGGAUUUCUGAUCUAACCUCAAUGUAUUGAAUAAUCAUAGCUUAUUCCUCAUAUGGUAAUAUUUGUAUAACAACCAUACUUUACCCAAACCUGAUUACAGGAAAGAGACGUACCGUAAAAGUGAGUAAUCUGAGGUUUUGUUGAGUAUUUUCUUUGUUGUACCAACGCUUCUUGAUAAUAACUUUUAUUGUCAAGCCAGACUUAGGAAAGUCUGACUACUUCCUCUUUAAUGGAAAGGUUGGGGUUGCGUUUGAGGAUGAGCACAGAAAAAAAUUGGUCAGACUCUCUGAGGUGGUGUGGCAGUAUCUCCCUCAUAGAAGAUACAGAGUCUGGCCAUCAUUUGAGCCCGAUGAUGAUCAAAAUGAGGUUCUGACACAAAUUGGCCAUUUCGUAUCUGAACAGUUUGAGAUCAAAGUCUUUCCUCCAACAUGCCCGUGUUCGCCCUUACAUAUCAGGGUUCGACCCAACUCCAUUGAGCUCUAUUGGGAGUCAGAUUUUGAUGUGAUGUUUGUGGAGCCAUCACAAGCUGGUUGACUGUCUUAUGACAAAUCCUGGUGGAGAAAUGGGAUGGGAUGGCACAACACUGAGGGACGAGGCUGGUGACGAUCAUGAAGAGAAGGUGUGUGGUGUACAGUUCACACAUCCACUGCACAAGCAGCUGUUUGUUAAAUGAAUGCUCUUAAUUAACAGUGUGUCUUGUUUUUUAAACUUUAAUCACCCGUCUCAAUAAAUAUCAUCAACAUAAAUGUCAAUACCAGAAUCAGUGGUUUAUGACAAGCAUUAGGGCCAUACAAAGAAAACAUUUAAAAAUAUUUAAUUGCGACAAUAUUCUUAUUACGAGAAUAAACUCAUACGAGAAUAAAGUCGUAAUAUUACAAGAACAAAAUCAUACUACAGGAAUAAAGUCUACAUAAUAUGAUGAUGUCAAUAUGAGAAUAAAAUCAUAAUAUUUUGAGAAGUCAUAACAUUAUGAGAUUAAAGUUGUAAUAUUA